AUGGAGACUGCCUUGUAUCCAUAUGCCAAGCCCUUACAUCCUGUUGAGAGCAAAGGAAUGGCUACAGCAGAGCUGGCUCAGACUCACCCGCAUGUGGAUUUCUUUUCAGGAAGUGAGAAUGAAGAGGAGAAUCCAGGCAGUGUGGUGUCUCAGGUGCUUUUGCCAGGAGGCUGCAGAAGGAGGAUAUUCUUGGAACUUAAGAAAGGGGAAACCCAUGAGAAGAAGGGGAAAAGCUAUUCUGGAGAAAGGUGGACUAGCCCUCCUUCCUAUAUAGAAAUCCUUGGAGAUGCUAAAAGUUCUGCGGCCCACCAGGUACCCAUUCCCUAUAACAAGGAGCAUGGGAAAAUCCUUGCAGCCAGGCCCUCCAACCUCAUCACCCAGCAGAGGCUUCACAGGACCAAGAAGCUCCACCAGUGUGCCGACUGCGGGAGAGGCUUUGGCGUCUUUUCAAAUCUUAUCCGCCACCAGAGGACCCACAUUGGGGGAAAAACCCAUAAAUGUCCUGAUUGCGGGAAAGGGUUUGUACACAGCUCGGCCCUUGUCACUCACCAGCGUAUCCACACAGGGGAAAAGCCAUAUGCCUGCAAUGAGUGUGGGAAAAGCUUCAAUGUGGUGUCCAACCUCUUGCGGCACCAGAGGAGCCACACGGGAGAGAAGCCUUACCAGUGCCCUGACUGUGGGCGCUGUUGCAGCCAAAGGUCUCACCUGAUCACCCACCGGCGCCUCCACACCGGGGAGAGGCCUUACCAGUGCCUGGAGUGCGGAAAAAGCUUCAACGUUAGCUCUGACCUGAUCAAGCAUCGGAGAAUCCACACAGGUGAGAAGCCCUAUGAGUGCCAUUACUGUGGAAAGCGCUUCAGUGGCAGCUCCAACCUCAUCACGCACCAGAGGCUCCACACUGGCGAGAAACCCUAUGUCUGCCCCGAGUGCGGCAAAAGCUUCACUAUCAGCUCCAAGCUGAUCUCCCACCAGCGAAUCCACAUAGCAGAGAAACCGUUUGAUUGCACAGACUGUGGAAAGAGCCUUACUGAAAGGCCCCACCUCUCCAGACACCAGCCCAGCCCCUACCACCGCGAGAAACGCUUCAAAUGCAUUGACUGUGGGAAGAGUUUCACUACCAGCUCCUACCUCAUCACCCAUCAACGGACCCACACUGGGGAGACUCCCUACAUCUGUGGAGACUGUGGGAAAAGCUUCACAGUCAUCUCCAACCUGGCCAGACACCAGAGGAUCCACACAGGUGAGAAGCCCUAUAAGUGCCCGGACUGUGGAAGGAGCUACAGCCAGCGGGCCCACCUGACAACACACCUGAGAGUCCACACUGGGGAGAAGCCCUAUGUCUGCUCUGACUGCGGGAAGAGCUUCCAUGUCAACUCGUCCCUCACCAAGCACCGAAGAAUUCACACCGGCGAGAAGCCCUACAUGUGUCCUGACUGUGGAAAAACUUUCAGCCAGAGCUCCAACGUCAUCACUCAUCAGAAGCUCCACCAUGGAGGUAGCCUCCUUGGUGGCCCUAUUAGGGUCCUUCAAAUCCAAUAUUGCCUACCUCCUGUUGAAUUGUGGAUGGAAGACCAGGACCCAACAGGAUCCAAAGCAAAAGAGAAACCAGAGACAGAUCUCCCCAUCAUCAAUGUCAACACAGCUGGAAAUGUUCCAACUGAAAGGAGUCCACAGGAAACUGAACGGGCACCAGAUGAGGUGGCUUCACUAGAGGCUAAACAGGCAACCACCAAGGAGGCUCCUCAAAUAGCUCAACAGAUACUGGAGAAGAUAGUCCUACCAGAGACUAAUCAGGCAUUGGAGGAAAGGACCCAGCAGCAAGAUUUCCAUAAGGCAGCCAAAUCCCGGAGGAAACCUCUGGUGCCUACCCGGUGGGAUAACACUAAAACAUUUCAGACUUCCUUCCCAAGAACAGCUGAUACCGUCCACUGUCUUAGAGAAGACAGGGUAACUCGAACUCUGACAGAUCUCAGCAAUGAAGCUAUGGAAGCCUACAGCAGCUUGGGCUCCUCCAGGCAAGCAAAGGAUGAGCUCUUGGAUGGAGAUGCCAUCAGCCUGGAAUUACGGCGCCGGCAAUUCAGGCAGUUCUGCUACCUGGAGGCUGAGGGCCCCCGAGAAGUUUGCAGCCAACUCCGGGACCUUUGCUAUCAGUGGCUGCAGCCAGAGAAACACACUAAAGAGCAGAUCUUGGAGUUCCUGAUCUUAGAGCAGUUCCUGGCCAUACUGCCACAGGAAGUGCAGUUCUGGGUGAGGAAACGGGACCCAGAGACCUGUGCCCAAGCUGUCACCCUGGUGGAGGUUUUUGCCUUGAAACUGCAAGAGGAUGAGAGAUGGGACCAGCAGGUGCCAGGCCCACUGGAAAAGGUGGCGGUGAAUUUCUCCAAAGCAGACCCCUUGAAAAUGCAGCUGUACAUGGUGGCCAUGCAAGAGGGUGAAAGAAUAGCCAGUUUGCUGGCAGGUGAUGUCCAUGUGAGUGAGAACAAGGAAGCAAAUCUUCAGCCAGAAAGACCAGAGCAAAUGGAUUGCAACCAGGUGUUGCUGGAAAAAGGCAAAGCGAAAGUCUUCCUGUUUCCCAAGAUGGAAGGAGUGCCUGGAAGUCAGCAAGCCAUUAAAGACUGUGAUGAGAUUCCUGAAGUGGAAAAGAUGUCUGGAAAUCAGUGGCAUCAGGGAAACCACCUAGAACAAGCAGUGGGAAAAAACUAUCUUUCUGAAAAGGAGAAAAGUUUUAAAGAAAGCACUUUGCAAGAGGGACUUGACCAAGGUAGGAGAAAAAGGACAGAAAUGGAGAGUGAGAAAACCUCCAACCAGGGUGCUGACCCUCUUAAAAACUUGAAUGUCCAGACUGGGAAAAAGCCAUACAAGUGCUCCUAUUGUGGGAAAAUCUUCAACCAUGCCUCCGCCCACUUGGUCCAUGAGAGGAUCCACACAGGAGAAAAGCCAUAUAAUUGCCUGGAGUGUGGGCAGAACUUCAGUCGCCAGUCACACCUUACCAGACACCACAGAAUCCACACAGGAGAGAAACCGCACACCUGCUCUGAGUGUGGGAAGAACUUCAGUCGGAAAGCGCACCUUAUUGAGCAUGAGAGGACUCACACAGGAGAGAAACCAUUUGUGUGCUCUACUUGUGGGAAAAGCUUCAAUUACCGGUCCCUCCUCAAAGAACAUGCAAGGAUCCACACGGGAGAGAAGCCAUACAAAUGUUCAGACUGUGGGAAGAGCUUCAACCGGAGAGAGAGCUUUAUUAUUCACGAGCGAACUCACACAGGAGAGAAGCCAUAUGAGUGCCUAGACUGUGGGAAAAGGUUCAGCCAGCGAUCAAACAUCACUACCCAUGAGAAAACUCACAUGGGAGAGGGAAAAUAUAAAUGUUCAGAGUGUGGGAAAAGCUUCUGCAAUUCCACUGGCCUCCUUAGACACCAGAAAAUCCAUACAGAGGAAAAGCUAUGUUAAAACAUUCAAAUGUGCAGGAAUAAGGACACAAGGUGGUCUUCAGAUGGCAAGUGACAGGUCUCAUGAAUGAGGGCACUCCCAUAGUAACAAGUAAAACAACCUUGUAUAUGGAAAGCUGGCAUUUCAGGGAAAGAAGUUUUAGUCUAGCCACUUGCUUCAUAGGAAGAGGAGCACUCCAGGCCUGUAUCAUGGUCUUUCUGUCCAUCUGAAUCCAAAUGUACUAAAAGGGAAAGCCCUGUAAGUAGCCUGAUGUUAAACUGUAAGAAGGAAAAACCACUCACAAUGGGAUAGUAAGGAAAAUGUCAGUAUGAGUAUUAGUACUUUUAAAAAAUCCUCAAGCUGUAGAGACACCUUGAUGUGGUUCCACUGAUCUGGAAGUCCCCAUGGUGUUCAAAUGUCAGCUACGGAAAACAAAGAUCAGAAAACAUAAGCCAUGGUGUCGUAUGAGAACUAACUCUGAUGCCAUUGUCUGUGAUGGGACCAGACCCUUUCAUGCAGGCUCCCAUCAUACUGACCACUAGAAAAUUCAGCGCAGAUGCUGAAUAUGGCAUGAACUGUCUUGGUGUUAUCUGCCUUCCUAACUAUGCACUAGAAAAAUAGCAGUGAAUGUACCUGAGCAAUGGAGAAACUUUAUUUCUUGUCUACAUAUGCAAUUGCCAAUAAGUUAUAUGACAUCAGUGACUGCCCUGAUUGCAUUCUUCUUUUAUAUGUUGCAUUUCUUUGUGUCCCCACAAGCUGGGUUUGGGGACGGGCACAUCCUUGCUCUCUGUUUGUGAGUAGGUGGUUGAGAGGUGUGCAGCUGCUUGCACAUGAUGGCAUGUCAGACCUCUCCUUCAAGCUCAGUCCCUUUACCUUUCCACUCCUAACCUUGUUUUAUAUACCCUGAUCAAGCUUACCUUGUUUACAGUACAAAUGUAAUUCUCCAAAGCGAAAGAAAAAAAAAUACACUCCAACUGCAAGGACACGUGGAAAUGUCCCAUAGUAUCAGCUGGUGUAUUUUUGCCACACCUAAGACUGUCUUCCGAACCAAUCUUUUACUCCUCUGCUAUCCCCUCAAGCGUCCACUAUACUCAAGCAUCCACUAUAAAACACAGCUUGAGAAAUUCAUUGUAGCAAGGAGACUGUAACAUUCUAAUAGAUGGUUCCAGAGGAGUUGGUGAUCAAAUUGUCAUCUUAGGUUAAACAAUGGAUGGUGAUGGAUAAAUAGGAGUGCGGGGAAAAUGGAAACAUUGCAUCCUGCCUUUUCCCCUUCCACUUAAAUUUCACUCUCAUGUUCCAGUAUGUCCUGGCAUAGCAUAAAUAAAAAUAUAUUUGUACUGAA